CUUGUAAGAAGCCUCGGGUUCUUCGCCCCCUUUCGCCAUAUAAGUCUUCUCUUCUGGAUUUGAAAGAGUGUCAUGAAAUAUCCAACGUCAUGGAGGGCAAUACAGGGCCUGAUACUGACAAUGAAGCUGCCCGGCGGCCGCGAUCUCCCAAGGAUAUGCCGCUGCUGAGGAAGUGGCUGAUGGUGAUGAUUGUUUGUAUGGGGAGCGCAUGCGUGACAUGUGCAAGUUCAAUCUAUACAACAACCUACGAACAGAUGAACUCCGAAUUCGAGACCUCAACCAUCGUCUCAACAGUCGGGCUCUCAACCUUCGUCCUAGGCAUUGGAACAGGGCCACUACUUACCGGUCCAUUAAGUGAACACUACGGACGACGGCCAAUAUAUCUAGUUGCAUGGUCUCUAUUCAUCAUCUGGACCAUCCCAUCGGCCGUCGGAACGAACAUCGAAACCCUCAUCAUCGGCCGCUUCUUCCAGGGCUUUGUAGGAGGGACAUUCCUCUCUGUCGCUGGGGGCACGGUAGGCGAUAUCUUUGCGAAAGACGAGAUCCAGAAGCCCAUGACUGUUGUAUCACUUGCUCCGUUCGUUGGUCCGUCAUCUGGGCCGGUGAUUGGGGGGUUCAUUAACUAUUAUGCCCAUUGGAGGUGGACGUACUAUGUCUUGAUUAUCUGGGCUGUUGCUCUCCUGGUAGCGAUUAUUUUCUUUGCGCCGGAGACUCGCUUCCCUGUUAAUUCGAAUUUGAACGGGCAGAAACAGAAAGACAGCCAGCCUGGUAGGGCGUUGCGGAUUGCCCUUACCCGUCCCUUCCAGAUGCUGGCUCUUGAGCCAAUGUGUCUCUGUCUUGAUAUGUACUCUGCUAUCCUCCUUGGCAUCUUGUACCUCUUCUUCGGCGCUUUCCCGCUCGUGUUUAAAACGACUCACGGGAUGAAUCUCUGGCAAGCCGGUCUUACAUUCUUGGGUAUCAUAGUAGGGAUGGUCCUCGGUGCCGCGAUGAGUCCGGUCUGGGUGAAGGUUCGCCAGCGACUCACGGAUAUAGCCCUGAUGAAGGAUCCAACGCAGCCUAGAAGAACGGAGCCCGAGUACCAGCUCCCCCCGGCGAUAUUGGGUGGGGUUCUUAUACCGGUCGGACUGUUUUGGUUUGGGUGGACGACGUAUGCCGGCGUGCAUUGGAUUGUGCCGGUUUUUGGGUCUGCGUUUUUUGGUUGUGGGAUGCUGUUGGUCUAUUCUGGGGUGUUUACAUUUUUUGUUGAUGCGUACACUCAAUAUGCUGCCUCAGCACUGGCGGGGAAUGGAUUCGUGCGAUGCACUUUUGCAGCGGCGUUCCCGUUAUUCGGAAACCAGAUGUAUGAGAGACUCGGGUAUCAGUGGGCGAGCAGUCUGCUGGCCUUUCUCACUCUGGCCAUGAUGCCGUUUCCUUGGCUCUUCUUUCGGUAUGGCAAGGCUCUCAGGAAGAGGAGUAGGUUUGCUGUUGAAACUUGA